GCAGAGGAGCGAGUGCUCAGGAUCUUGGUUCCCACUGCAGCAGAGUUGCACCGGGGUUCCUAGGUAGGGCAGGACGUAGGGAAGAAGCAGAAAGAGGCACAUGCGCGCUGCAGCAGCUGGGAAGAGGAGCCCGUAUUGUGUGCAGGAAGGUGGGCAGUGGAGCAGGAGUGCGCCAGCGGUGACACAGCUUCCCGAGUGUGGUACUGCGCUUGCCUGCCUCUGAUUUCCCUCUUCUCCAGCUGUAGGAAGGGCUUGGGGCUGCAGGAAUCCUUAAGCAUGGCUGGGAAGCCUGUGCUUCACUACUUCAAUGGAAGGGGCAGAAUGGAGUCUAUCCGGUGGCUCCUGGCAGCAGCUGGAGUAGAGUUUGAAGAAGAACUUUUUGAAACUCAUGAAGAAUUUGAGAAAUUAAUCCAAGGUGGAACCCUGAUGUAUGAACAAGUGCCCAUGGUGGAAAUUGAUGGAAUGAAUUUGGUACAAACCAGAGCCAUUUUAAGAUACAUAGCUGCAAAGUAUGACUUGUACGGAAGGAACCUGAAAGAACAAGCCUGGAUUGACAUGUAUGUAGAAGGCUUGAGGGACCUGAGCGACAUGAUUAUGUACUUUCCACUCUCGCUGCCUGACGAGAAGGAGAUGAAUCUUGAAUAUAUCCUUCAAAGAGCCACAACAAGAUUCUUCCCUGUUUAUGAAAAGGCUCUAAGAGACCAUGGGCAAGAUUUUCUUGUGGGCAAUCGGCUGAGCUGGGCUGACAUACAACUUCUUGAAGUCAUCUUGAUGACUGAAGAAUGCAAGGCUAGUGUGCUCUCAGGCUUCCCUCUGCUGCAGGAAUUCAAGGUCAGAAUCAGCCACAUCCCCACAAUUAACAGAUUUCUCCAAGUUGGAAGCCAGAGGAAGCCUCCCCUGGAUGAGGAGUCCAUUCAGACUGCGAAGGAUGUAUUCAGAUUUGAACAUGGCCUGUUUCUUAAAAAUAUGAGCACUAUUGUAGCUGAGUAUUAACAGAUACAGAGGUCUAAGUAGCUCAGCAAAUAACCUCACAUUACAUUUGUAUCAAUGACCAGAAGAAAGUCCUAAGGCCAUGUUAAUUAAGAAAUAACAAUUGUAUAGGGAAAUAAACUACUGAGAACUUAUCUGUAAAUCAGAAAACCCCUCUACUGUUUGAAAUAAAAUGUCCUGAUACAAAUGA